CAGAGCAGCUCACGAGGGUGAGACCGUCUUUUUAUAGACGAGACUCAGUCAGGCUCUGAAUCUCUCCAGACUCUCACAACCCUGAAGGAGACAGAGGUUAGACAACCUCAUUUAGUAAAGACAACAACCUCCGAAGCAUCGGGGAGGGGUGUGACUGCAACUCCUGCUUGUUUCUGCCUGUUUCUCCUCCGUGAGACGCAGAUGGACGAGCAGCUGAUGCAGGAGGAGGCAGGAUCCCGCACAGGCAGCGCAUCCCAGCGAGGACCCGCAGGCGUCUUGAAAUAGACCUCCAAAAAGGAGGAGGAGAGAGAGCAGGGGGAUCAGCAGGAGGAGGAGGAGGAGGAGGAGGAGGGGGGGGUUUCAGAGAGAGAGAGAGCAUCGGCACGCCAGGCUCAAUACCUAGCAUGGCCGUGCAGAAGAAGCAGAAGAAGCAGAGCGUCACCCCUCCAUCGCAGGGACCUCUUUCCUCACGAACCGCCGGGAGCCCGAGGGUCGGGAACAGACCCCAGAGAACCGGACAGAAUGGCUCUAAUGUUGAAUCAAAGUCACAAACAAAGAAACCAGCCUGCCCCGUCGACAGAUCUGCUCAGAGCUGCAACGCCGUCGUUCCCCGGAUCCCUGCAGGUAAUGGACAAAAUGUUGACGAGAGGCUGAAAGCGGCUCGAGAGAGACGAGAUGAGCAGCAGAAGUUACGUGCCUCCCGGGAGCUGAGCCGGCUGGAGCGGGAGCAGCGCGCCAAGCGCUACUACGAGCAACAACUGCGGGAUCGAAAGAAGAAGCUGCAGGAGCAGCGAUUGAAGGAGGAGCGGCGGCGCGCCGCGGUGGAGGAGAAGCGCCUGCAGCGGCUGAAGGAGGAGAAGGAGCGGUAUGAAACCGCCGUGCGCAGGACGCUGGAGAAGAGCCAGAAGGCUCAGCAGCAGCUCGGCCGCGGGUCCAGAGGACGAAAGCCCAGCAAAUACACUCUGCGCCGCUCGCCUCUGACAACAUGGGAGAAGAACCUGGUGAGUCGCCUCCUGACCCCGACGUGCUCCUACCUGGCCAGGAGCCGGAGCGCUGCCUGCCGGUCGGGAGAAGAAGUUGUCCACAUUUGUCGCCGUGCAGUUUCAUACCACUCCAUGAACACCACUACAGCCUCUCACAAACCCCUGCAGCGCCCCGGAUCGGCCCGCGGGCCGUCGGCCUCCCCCGGCCGCACCGGCAGCCGGCAGAGGAGCGUCUGUCCCGCGCAGAUCAAACCUGCAAGACGGGUGGACGCUGAUAAGAAGAAGUCUGACGGAGAUUCAAACAUGGGGUCACCUGCUGGUAACGGCGGUGCGAGAGCGACAUCAGGUCACCUCAGCAGAGCAGCCUCGCCCUCGCCAGAGCGCCCUCUCAGAUCGAUCGGCAGACAUCCGACCCCGCUGCAGGUCGAACUCCCGUCCGUCCCCGAGGAGGAUGGAGCCAUUUCAGCCUCCGUCCGCUCCGCUGGCAACGUGAGACCUGCCGGGAAACCAGAUAAAGUUCAGCUGCGGAAGCUGAAAAAGGAAAAUCCACCAGAGACUCCCAGUACGAACCCGCCCGCCGGCCAGAGAGAGGCGCAAACUCCGACAGCAGCAGAUGGACCCCCCCGGGCUCCUGAGGUCGCGCCACGGCCCUCGGCGGGCACUUCGGACCCGGAGGAGGCCUCGCGUCUCCUGGCUGAGAAGAGGAGGGAGGCCCGACUGCAGCGGGAGAAGGAGGAGCAGGAGCGCCUGCAGCGAGAGGAGGCCGAGAGGCGGAGCCGCGAGGAGCUGGAGCGCCGGAGGGCCGAGGAGCGAGCUCGCCAGGAGGCGGAGGCCCGACGCCUCGUCCAGGAGAAGAGGAGGAGGGAGGAGGAGGAGCAGAAGCGAGCUGAAGAAGAGCGAGCUCAGGCGAAGAGGGAGGCCGCGCUUCUGCAGAAACAGAGAGAGGAGGAAUCGGCUCGAGAGAGACAACGAGCAGAGCAAGUUCAGCAAGAACGAGAGGGAGCUGCUCAGAAAGAGGAGGCAGAGCGUCAAGCGAGGAAAAAGCGACUGGAGGAGAUCAUGCGGAGAACCAGGAGGACAGAUUCUCCAGAUAAAAAAUCAGCACCAACGAGGACCUUCCCAAAGGAAAACACCGAGCCUGCACUCAACGGGAGGAUAGAAGACACUGAAAAGCUGCCGGUGGGGGCUAAAGCCACCCAGCUGGGGCUGAACAAUGAGGAGGACGUGGUACCUGUCGUGGCCUUCAAGGAACGCAGGUCCCUCAGAGCGCUCUCUGGUCUGGAGGAAAUCCAGACUCACCAGCGAGCAGAAGUCAUCUGAGCACCUGCAGAGAGCGGUAAGCCUUUCAGCGUUGAAGCCAACCCCCCCGGGAAACACGGGGGAUACUGCAGCACAUUUUGGCCGUUUGGCCACCCUUCAGCACCUUGAAAGAGCAUGUACAAUUCCAGCCCCGCCCUCAGCGAGGACGUCGACAUCCGGUCACUUUCCUGCAUGUGACUAGUGGCACAAAGCAAGUUACGCAGUAGUCUCCUCAGUGCAGCAGGGUUUAGCUCUCAUAGCGACUAUAGGCGCUGUAGAUGUAGUUGGCAAAUGCGAUUAAUCGAUUGUCAAAAGUGUUGUCUCUUCUACCAAAUCUGAAAAAAUUGGGGUUAUAUGGAAAAUUAAAAUAAAAAAAAACUGUGAUUCUUACAUUUACUUUUAUUUGACAAUUUGAACCCACAAGCUUUCUCAUAAAAUUCAUUUAAUUCGUCAUCAAACAUUCAAUUUUGCUUUCAACACAUUUCAGA